AUGCCAUUGUCAAAAGGAACAUUUUCUAGAAACCCCCCACAUACACGUGCCGGACAGCAGCCAAUGAACCGGCAGCGCGGCUCUACUCGUACCCAGAUCCUUGGUACCUGGGCCAAGCGCCUGCAAACCGGAACACAAGCCGGGCAAGACGGCAGCCUCAUGCAGAUCUGCUCCGUAGUGCAGUUCCGUGACAGCACUGGAACAUGUCCAGCGGAGGAAAGAGAUGCAGAUGCACGACAUUCUCCGCGCGCAUCAGGUCGAAAGACAAGUGGAGCGGCGCCAGUCAACGAGGUGCCGUUCAAGCAGGAUGCCGGCUUACAAGCAUACAUGAUCUGUGUACAGGCGUCUACCGGUGUAGCCGAGGCUCGAAUCCAAAGCACAGGCAGCUUCUACUGUAGAUACACUUACCACUUCGUAUGUUACCGUAGCCGUAGGUGCCUCGCUCACAGUCCAGUUCCCUCGAACAAGGCAUUGGCCUCGCAGGCCAUCAACGGCUGCAAGGCCCGUGUUAAGUGGGGGCAGUCGAAGCUUGAAACUCGUUGUGGAGGAGCGCAUGAUUCCCCUGCAUUUUCCAAGGCCAGGGUCGCCACCUAUCGUGAGCGUGUUAGUGCUGGCGCGAGACACGCCGCCGAAUCUCAGACCGUCGCCAUGGUCAGCGCCCGAUUGGUGAGAAAGCACGGGAAGAGAAACGCAAGAAGAAGAAAAGAAAAAAAAAAGGAAAGAGAGAAAAUAAUCACUGCCGGAAGAGCGGAAGAGGCUCGCUGA